GCGACGGACAGCCUGCAGAAAUAUGCAAAUUUAGAUGCCGAACAAAAACAGUGAACAAUCGCGCAAUUAAUUGGAAAUAAUUGCCGAAAUCCACAGGGCACGCGAGUGCUGAAAAUAUUUAUGAAUUUCUGGAUUACCGUUCGCGUCGGCAAAAGAAUGCAAUUCCGGAGGAAGACAGAGUCUGUCGGAGGAGGUCUUCCACUUGGUUUCCUUCUGGUGAUUUCCCUAUUGCUGUUCUGUCAAGCGGAGAGAACCAAUGUGGGUCUUAUUUACGAGAGCACGGAACCGGAUCUAGAGAAGAUCUUCCACCUGGCCAUUAGCAAGGCGAACGAGGAGAACGAGGAGCUGCAGUUCCAUGGCGUGUCCGCCGCCAUUGAGCCCGGAAACUCCUUUGAGACUUCAAAGAAGUUGUGCAAGAUGCUUAGGCAAAAUCUGGUGGCCGUUUUCGGACCCACUACCAACCUGGCCGCCCGUCACGCGAUGAGCAUUUGCGACGCCAAGGAGCUGCCCUUCCUGGACACGCGCUGGGACUUUCAGGCCCAGCUGCCCACCAUCAAUCUCCACCCCCACCCGACCUCCCUGGGCGUGGCCCUGCGGGACAUGGUGGCCGCCCUGGGCUGGGAGAGCUUCACCAUUAUCUACGAGUCGGGCGAGUACUUGGCCACCGUGCGGGACCUCAUCCAGAUGUACGACACCGCAGGACCCACUGUCACGGUGCGUCGCUAUGAGCUGGACCUGAACGGGAACUACCGGAAUGUGCUGCGGCGUGUGCGGAACUCCGCGGACUUCUCGUUUGUGGUAGUCGGCUCCAUGGGCACCCUGCCCGAGUUCUUCAAGCAGGCCCAGCAGGUGGGUCUGGUCACCAGUGAGUAUCGGUACAUCAUCGGGAAUCUGGACUGGCACACCAUGGACCUAGAGCCGUACCAGCAUGCCGGCACCAAUAUCACGGGACUCCGUCUGGUGUCGCCCGAGAACGAGCAGGUGCUGGAGGUGGCCAAGGCUCUGUACGAGAGCGAGGAGCCCUUCCAGAACGUGUCGUGUCCUUUGACCAACAGCAUGGCCCUGGUCUACGACGGAGUUCAGCUGCUGGCCGAGACCUACAAGCAUGUGAACUUCCGGCCCGUGGCUCUCAGCUGCAACGAUGACAGUGCCUGGGAUAAGGGUUACACGCUCGUCAAUUAUAUGAAAUCGCUAACACUGAAUGGCCUCACGGGUCCCAUUCGCUUCGACUACGAGGGACUGCGCACGGACUUCGACCUGGAAGUCAUUGAGCUGGCGGUGUCCGGGAUGCAGAAAAUUGGCCAAUGGAGCGGCGAGGAUGGCUUCCAGCAGAAUCGCCCGGCCCCGGCGCACUCCUUAGAGCCGGAUAUGCGCUCGUUGGUGAACAAAAGUUUUGUCGUCGUCACGGCCAUUAGCGAGCCAUAUGGCAUGCUGAAGGAGACCUCCGAGAAGCUGGAGGGGAAUGAUCAGUUCGAGGGCUUCGGCAUCGACGUCAUCGACGAGCUCUCCAAGAAGCUCGGCUUCAGCUACACCUUCCGCCUCCAGCCCGACAACAAGUACGGCGGAAUCGACCCCAAAACCGGAGAGUGGAACGGCAUGCUGCGUGAAAUAAUGGAUAAUCGCGCUGAUAUGGGCAUCACCGACCUGACCAUGACCUCGGAGCGGGAAAGUGGUGUGGACUUUACAAUACCCUUUAUGAGUUUGGGAAUUGGAAUUCUGUUUCGAAAGCCAAUGAAGGAGCCUCCAAAGCUUUUCUCUUUCAUGUCACCAUUUUCGGGUGAAGUGUGGCUCUGGCUGGGAUUGGCCUACAUGGGCGUAUCCAUUAGCAUGUUUGUCCUGGGACGACUUUCGCCAGCCGAAUGGGACAAUCCAUAUCCAUGCAUCGAGGAACCCACUGAGCUGGAGAAUCAGUUUAGCUUUGCCAACUGCCUGUGGUUUUCCGUAGGUGCUCUACUGCAACAGGGCUCUGAAUUGGCACCAAAGGCAUACUCUACCCGAGCUGUGGCCGCCUCCUGGUGGUUCUUCACACUGAUUUUAGUCUCCUCUUAUACCGCUAACUUGGCAGCCUUUUUAACUGUCGAGUCUCUGGUAACUCCAAUUGACAAUGCCGAUGACUUGUCCAAGAACAAAGGCGGGGUGAACUACGGCGCCAAAGUGGGUGGAAGCACUUUUACCUUCUUCAAGGAAUCCAACUAUCCCACCUAUCAACGAAUGUAUGAGUUCAUGCGGGACAAUCCCCAGUUUAUGACCAUGUCCAACCAGGAGGGCGUCGAUCGGGUGGAGAACAGCAACUAUGCCUUCCUUAUGGAGUCCACCACCAUCGAGUACAUCACCGAGAGGCGCUGCACUCUGACCCAAGUGGGACCUUUGCUAGACGAGAAGGGCUACGGCAUUGCCAUGCGGAAAAACUGGCCAUAUCGAGACACCCUUAGUCAGGCCGUUCUGGAGAUGCAGGAGCAGGGCGUUCUGACCAAAAUGAAGACCAAGUGGUGGAAGGAGAAGCGCGGUGGGGGAGCCUGUUCGGAUGCAGCCGAGGAUGCAGGUGCCGUGGCCCUGGAGAUAAGCAACUUGGGCGGCGUCUUUCUGGUAAUGGGAGUGGGCUCCUUCUUUGGCAUUUUCGUUUCCCUGCUCGAGAUGGUGUUGGGCGUCAAGGAGCGCAGUGACGAGAACCAGGUGAACUUCAAAACGGAACUGCUGGACGAAAUACGCUUUAUACUGCAAUGUUCCGGCAACACAAAGGCGGUCAAGUAUCCGAAGAAUUCUUCUCGCUCCAUAGCCAGCUCGAAGUCCAAGGGCUCUUCGCAGUCGGUGGACUCUCUUCCGGAUGACAAUUCUGAGGCGGAAGUAUCUGACAAGCAUGAACGUCAGGCAAAAAAGUAAA